CUGACACUUGGUCCCAAAUUUCUUAUUGAACCUAGUACAGCUACUGAAACGCGCUGCCAAAACCUCUGUGGAGACCCGUGAAGCAGGUGGUGAGAAGCCUUUGAUCUCUGUGCUAUACUGUGCCACCCCAGCAUGUGCACUGGGGGCUGUGCCAAGUGCCUGGGGGGCACCCUCAUUCCCCUGGCUGUGUUUGGCCUCCUGGCGAAUAUCCUGCUGUUCUUCCCCGGAGGAAAGGUGAUAGAUGACAACAGCCACCUUUCAGAAGAGGUCUGGUACUUCGGAGGAAUCCUGGGGAGUGGAGUCUUGAUGAUCUUCCCGGCGCUGGUGUUCCUGGGCCUGAAAAACAAUGACUGCUGUGGAUGCUGUGGCAAUGAGGGCUGCGGGAAGCGAUUUGCGAUGUUCACCUCCACACUGUUUGCUGUGAUUGGAUUCUUGGGUGCUGGAUACUCAUUUAUCGUCUCAGCUGUUUCCAUCAACAGGGGUCCUAAAUGCCUCAUGAGCAACAGCACAUGGGGAUACCCCUUCCACAAUGGUGAUUAUCUUAAUGACCAAGCCUUGUGGAGCAAGUGCACACAGCCCCAGGAUGUGGUCCCCUGGAAUCUGACCCUCUUCUCAAUUCUGCUGGUCAUUGGAGGGAUCCAGAUGGUGCUCUGUGCCAUCCAGGUGAUCAAUGGCCUCCUGGGAACCAUCUGUGGAGACUGCCAGUGCUGUGGCUGCUGUGGGGGUGAUGGACCAGUCUAACUGGUUCUGAGGAGCUGCUCCAACUUUACAGCACUUCCCGUGGGAAGACACGCCCCCAGGACACGCCCCAGACUUGCCCAUGAGCAUUACUAUUUUCUUUUUUCAAAUAAAGAAAUAAUUGGGUAACUUUACAAAUUAGCUCCCUUUUAGAAUUCCAGAACAAGUUCAAGGCAGAUUUUUCAUGAUUUCCUCUAAAAAGAAAACGUAAGCAAGAUGAAGUCCUCUGUCCUCCCACACGGCUUCUUUGUAUAUAAAGAUGUUCAUAUUUUAGGAAGAUUUGCC